AUGCCUCCGAAGAACUCGCGUGCUAAGCCCGUGGUUGAUGCUCCUGCUGGUGGGAGUGAUCCUACAGGCAAGACAUCGCCAAGCAAGGGAAAGGAGAUUGUUGAUAAUCUUCCGUCGGAAGUAGAGGUGACGGCUGGCAGCUCCGGACUUCCUCUUGAAGAGAAGCUGAAGGCGCUGGCGACGGUGGUCUCGGAUGAUUCCUUCAUCGAAGAUGAUUCGGAUGAGGAGCUCGACAAUGACGCGACUAAGAGCUCUUACUCGCAUCUGCGUUUCACGGCGAUCCUGCUCUUCUCGGUUAUCCCCUCUCGGGAGGUUGCUUCGGAGCUGCUUCCUGCCUUCGUCGCCAAGACCCGCUACAGUCGGCUUCAGGUUUCAUUCCUGCACGAAUCGGACGCGGUGAACAUCAAGCAGACUACGGUGGAGCAUAAGCGUCAGAACGGCACGACGCUCCACUGUUUCUGGCUGCAUCAGGAAGAUGCGGUUUACCUUCGCAAGAAGGCUUUGAGCCCGCAGCUGCUUGAGGUUUUCUUCAAGAACGUACGUGCUGACAUCCCGCCGGAGUUGGUUAAGGAGAUCAUGGUGGCUCACUCGCUCAAGAUCCGGAAGCAGUCUGCCUUCGCCGAAGGCCAUUGCUUCCACCGUGUCCUGCGGAGCUGA